UUGAUGCCCGUCGCCUUUAUUUCCUUCGCUACCGCUGUGGUGGGGAACAUGCAAUGACUUCUACGUUAGAAGCUUAAUGGCAUCCCAGCUAAGGGGAAUCAAAAGCCACAUGAAACACACCUCCUAUCGGUAACCCAAUCUUUACCGCCUCUCUCUCUCUCUCUUUUGAGGAAGCUCACCGUGUCGCUUUAGCAAGGAGGACGGGAAGGCAGCCACUCCUGUGUCAAGCUUCUCUGUCUUUUCCAACAUGGAAGAAGGUAACACGAGGACUAGUGGGUCCAAGAGAGGCGGCGGCGGAGGCGGCAGUGAGAAGGCCAACAAGAGGAGCAAGGAGGGAAAGCACCCGGGCUACCGAGGCGUACGCAUGCGCUCCUGGGGGAAAUGGGUGUCGGAGAUCCGAGAGCCGAGGAAGAAGUCGAGGAUCUGGCUGGGGACGUUCCCGACGGCGGAGAUGGCCGCGAGGGCGCACGACGUGGCGGCGAUGACCAUCAAGGGCCAGUCGGCGUGCCUCAACUUCCCCGAACUGGCCGAUGAGCUACCGCGGCCGGCCUCCGCCGCCCCCGAGCACAUCCAGGCGGCAGCCGCGUUGGCUGCUGCCACCACCUUCGGCGGCCGCGGAGAAACAACACGCGCCAGCGAGGAGUCAGGCAGGAGGCAGGCCGAGAUGCCGAUGUCGCGAUCUCCAGCCCCCGCAGCUCUAUCGAGCGACGGCGACGACAAGCUCUUCGACCUGCCCGAUCUCCCGCUUGACGUAAGCGAAGGUUUCCGCUCGCAUCCGUCAUGGGCGCCAUCCACAGUGGAGGACUGCAUUCAGUUCAGGGUGGAGGAGCCAUUGGUGUGGGAAUACUACGUGAAUUGAGCAGUAGCCGCAGCUGCAGCUGCUCCUCCUUCCUCCUCUUCUAAUCGAAUUCAAGGCAAAGCAGCAGAUAAUUUAGCUCUUACACCCCAUUCUC